AAACAGUCCGGUUCUUUGUUUUAAUUUUGUUUGCAACCAUUUUUUAUCUGCACUUUUGUAUAAUUUUUUGUAUUUUUCAUUUAAACUUUGCUUAUUCUCUAGACACAGCCUCCGCCGCCAACAGUUAUACAUCCGGCCGAUAAUGCUCGACUACAAGAGGAUUACGUUGUGCCUGUCGCCUGUACUGCUGGCGCUGCUGUGGCAGUUCCGUGACGAGCCAUUGGCAGUGUGUACGUGCAUAUCUGCGCUGGCAGGCCUAGCAACAUGGUGCCUGGUUCCUGCGACUACAUCGGCCUUCAAGCGGGUGGGUCUGUCUGGCACAGAUCUGUCGAAGCCCUCGCAGCCCGUGCUGGCUGAGAGCAUGGGCGUGGUAGCAGCGACAUUCCGCAACUGGUGGACCACGCAGGACCCACAAUCUGCCGAGCACAGCUCGCAUAUUUUUCCGUUUGACCGUCUGGGUGAGUACCUGUCGGCACUGCUGUCGCUGCAAAGCAUGGUUUUUCUGGGCUUUGCCGACGAUGUCUUUGACUUGAGGUGGCGGUUCAAGCUUUUGCUUCCAACCAUCGCGUCUAUCCCGAUUCUCAUUGUUUACUAUGUCGGUUACGGCGUGACUCACGUCAUGGUUCCUGUGUUUAUGCGCCCCUGGUUAGGGACCCACAUCGUCGACCUGGGCACGCUGUACUACGUGUAUAUCGGGCUGAUGGCUGUGUUCUGCACCAACGCAAUCAACAUUCUAGCGGGCAUCAAUGGUGUUGAGGUCGGCCAAUCCAUUAUCAUAGCGCUGUCGAUCAUUGCCAAGGACAUCGCCAACGUCAACAGCGGCAAUGCGGAAGCCGACUACCACCAUUCCCGUGUGUUCGUCGGCGAUACAUACUGCUAUUUUGCCGGGAUGACAUUUGCCGUGUGUGGCAUUCUGGGCCACUUUUCAAAGACACUGCUGCUGCUCUUCUUGCCGCAAGUAUUUAAUUUUGUGUACUCUGCGCCCCAGAUAUUUGGUCUGGUGCCGUGUCCGCGGCACAGGCUGCCCAAAAUGGCAGUUGAAAGCCCGCUUCCGCGCCGUCUGGUUGCAAGACUGCAGCAGGAAGCAAACUCGGACCAUGCCUCAGCCCCACCUUCUGACUCUGACUCUGGCUCUGAAAUUGCCGUCGGAGCCCUUGCGCACGCCGGCUCAGACGCGCAGCGCGAAGAAUCUCCCAGCCAUACUAGUGGCACUCACCGGACCUUGUCAACUGCGAUGCUGAGCUUUGCCAAGGGCAAGUCUCUCAAGUCUACGAAAGAUGCAUCAACAGUGGCUGGCUCCCGCUCUCGGUCUCGGUCCUCGAGCGCCAGGGGCAGCAUGAGCGGCGGAUCCAUGAAUUCCACCGCGUACAUGGUGCCCAGCAGAGCCUCGCUCGAAGGGGCAAAGCCACUGGGUCUGACUAUAAUUCGGCUAUACGAGCUCAUUGGAAUUGCGGACGUCGAGCGGGACGAGCAGGGCAACAUGGUCAGCGUCAACAACCUGACGUUGCUGAAUCUGGUGCUGCUCAAUGAAUCGCAGCUGAACAACCGCAUCCUGUUGAUCCAGGUGCUCAACUCUGUGUUGGCGUUCAUCAUCCGCUAUCGUCUGUCGCACUUGUUUUAUUUCUAAACCCCUGUAAAUACACUUUGAACGAGCACGAAAGAGAAA